AUGGUUAACCAAGGUGUAGUUCUUGGUCAUAUUGUUAGUGCCAAAGGUUUAGAGGUUGAUAAAGCUAAAAUUGAUGUCAUUAGUUCUUUGCCUUAUCCUACAUGUGUUUGUGAAGUUAGAUCAUUUUUAGGACAUGCUAGCUUUUAUAGACGCUUUAUCAAAAAUUUCUCCAAGAUAGCUUCUCCCCUAUGUGUCUUGCUUGCUAAAGAUGUUGUUUUUUACUUUAAAGAUGAUUACAAAAAGGAUUUUGAUGAUUUAAAAGACAAAUUGACAAGUGCGCUUGUGAUUAGACCCCCGGAUUGGUCUUUGUCUUUUGAAAUUAUGUGUGAUGCUAGUAAUAAGGUUGUAGGAGCAGUUUUAGAUCAAAGGAAGGAUAAAGAGUCUUAUGUCUUCCAUUAUGCUUCUAAAUCACUAGAUUAUGCCCAAUGCAAUUACACUGUAACUGAAAAAGAGAUGUAUGUUGUUGUUUUUGCAUUAGAGAAGUUUAGGCCCUACUUACUUGGCACUCGUGUGAUUGUUUAUUCUGAUCAUGCAGCUCUUAAAUAUUUGUUAGAGAAGAGUCACUCAACACCUAAGUUGCUAAGGUGGAUGCUUCUAUUACAGGAAUUUAAUGUGGAAAUUAGAGAUAGAAAGGGUGUUGAAAACCCAGUUGCUGACCAUCUAAGUAGAAUUCUUGCUUCUUUAUAUAGUGUUGAAACUCCUUGGUACGCUGAUAUUGUUAAUUAUCUAAUGAUAAGAAGGUGUGUAGAUGAAUCUGAAUUUUCUUCAAUUUUAAAUUCUUUCAUUCUCUUGAAGUUGGUGGCCAUUUUGGACCUCAACGAACCGCGUUUAAGGUACUACAAUGUGGUUUGUAUUGGCCCUCAUUAUUUAAAGAUGCUUACGUGUUUUGUAAAUCUUGAGAGCAAUGUUAGAAAACAGGUAAUAUUUCUGAAAGAAACGAAAAUGCCUCAACAUGGAAUCAUAGUUUGUGAAAUCUUUGAUGUGUGGGGAAUUGAUUAUAUGGGUUCCUUUCCUUCUUCUUUUAUUAAUCUUUAUAUUGUGCUUGCUGUAGAUUAUGUUUCUAAAUGGGUGGAAGCCAUAGCUACCAAUACUGAUGAUGCCAAAACUGUUGUAAAGUUUGUCAAAAGUCAUAUUUUUAAUAGGUUUGGUAUGCCAAAAGUCAUAAUCAGUGAUAGGGGAACCCAUUUCUGUAACGAAACUUUUGGCACCCUUCUUGCAAAGUAUCAUGUGACAUAUAGAGUAGCAACUGCUUACCAUCCCCAAACUAAUGGGCUAGCUGAAGUUUCAAACAGGGAAAUCAAAUCUAUCCUAGAGAAAGUGGUGAAUCCUAAUAGGAAGGAUUGGAGCCUUAGGCUAAAAGAUGCAUUAUGGGCUUACUGGACAACUUAUAAAACAACUACAGGAAUGUCACCAUAUCGCCUUGUGUUUGGUAAAGGAUGUCAUUUACCUGUAGAACUCGAACAUGAGUCUUAUUAG